AUGAACAUCUCCACUGCUUCAUCUUUGUUACCCACAUUGGUCAAUACUGAUACCAUUUCACUAUUCUCACUCUCAGUUACAUCCCCUACUCGACCUCACAUGACAUCUUCUUCGGUCACUCCCAAACCAAGCAUGUGUUUAUUAGAUGACACAGCGCUUCGUCUACCACUAGCGUUUCUCUACUCCCUCUUGUUCCUCCUUGGCCUAGUGGGUAACCUCUUCGCCUUGUGGGUCUUCCUUUUCGUCAACGCAAGCCGCAACUCUGUGCGCAUGUUCCUCAUCAACUGCGCGAUCGCCGACCUGGUCCUUCUGGCUUGUCUACCCUUCCGGAUUUUCUAUCAUAUGAACGGAAACCACUGGCUCCUGGGACACGUGGCUUGCAAGCUGGUGGGGAAUCUAUUCUACAUGAACAUGUAUAUUAGCAUCACGCUACUGGGAUUCAUCAGCCUGGAUCGCUACUUGCGACUCAAAGGGAAGGGCAGAGUGAAGAGAAGCUUGGCGGUGCGACUGUGCGGGUGGAGUUGCCCUUGGAGUUGGGUGGCUUGUGGCGCGCUUUGGGGCUUGUCUCUGGCGGCGUUAGUUCCCAUGAUUGCUACAGCUGAGGACAAAGAGGACAAGCACAAAUGCUUCCAAUUCAAGCACCGGCAGCUAGCGAAAGGGAAAGCCUACUUCAACGUGGUGCUAGUGGCAUUGUUUUGGUUGGUCUUCCUCAUGCUCAUAGUGUCAUACGCCAAGAUUGCCCAGCGGUUAAUAAAAGUGUCACGGGACAAGCCGGAUCUUCCCAAUGCGCAAAGAUAUGAACGUACUGCCAAGAAAUCCUUUUUUGUGUUGUUCCUGUUCACUCUUUGCUUCGCUCCAUACCACAUAUUUCGGCCCAUCUAUAUUCUCGCCCAGCUAAAUCCGACGGCACCCUGCGACUACCUGCGUGUGGUGGAUUAUGUCAAUGAGAUCAUGCUGUUAUUCUCCGCCUUUAACAGUUGUUUGGACCCUAUCAUGUACUUUCUUAUCUCUGGCUCAGUGCGAAAAACUGCCCGCCACGCACUGAAAAACCGACUAUCCAAUCGGCUUUUCGUCCAAAACGAAGUCACAUCCAACAGUUCGACAACAGAGUUCCGAAGGUCUUCCGUACAUGUGGCUUUAACAAGAACAGCGGACUGA